AUGUUUGGGUUUGUGCCGAAAUAUCAAGGGAAGUUGGUCAGUAUCUACUACAGCAUCGGCCAAAAUCCGCUGGCCGAUUGGGCCAUACAGGUAUCUAUAUGGCUAUAUAGAAAGCACGAACGUUUAUAAAAUACCGCGACUUGUGUUCAGUGGUGGACGCGCACUGCACGGGUGAUUUUGUGGGCUAAAACAGUGACGUGCCUAGGAAUUUUUUAUGGGAGAGGAUGUAGUGAAUGAUAAUCAUAUUUCAUAAAUAAAUCAUUGUAUCUUCUUUUGUUCUAAUUAAUAAUCUAUACCUAUCUCACUGGGGAGGUACUUUAAAGAGGAAAUUUUUCGAUUUUCUCAAGAGUUUUCUGAACAAAUAUGAAAAAUAAAAAAAAAAACGCAAGAAAAACGGGAAAAUGUAAGAAAUGUAGGUAUUAAUUACGGCCUUUUUUUUUCUUGUUGACAAAUUUUCUACCAGUAAUUUUGCUCCAACUUAGUCCCUAUUUUUUAGUGAACCCCAACACAAAGUGUGUAGUACGAAAUUGGAAGUGUGCACUACGAAUUCGAGAAAUGUGUACCUAUUAAAUACUAAGAAAUAAGACUAUUGGCCAGGUAGUAGGUAGUAUCUAUACAAUAGUCAAAUUUUAAAAAAAUAAUAUUUUUUAUGAUAACAAUAAUAAAUUGUUAUCAUUUACAUUGUAUAUAAUAUUUAUUUUUCAAAUUUAAUAUUAUAAAGAGUGAAGACUCUAGACAUAUAUUAAUCAUAAUUAUUCAUGAAGAAGUCUCCUCAUUAUACAAUAUACAUUAUUUAUCAUUGUCUGUGCCCUGUAUCUGAUUACUGAUAUGUUAUCACAAGUAUCAAAUGGAAAUUGAUAAAUAUUUUGCGCGUUUUUAACUAAUCAACGAACAAGACGAAUAAAGUUCAGUUGUAAUUAUUUUAUUAUUGUGUACAUUUAUAAAAUGUGUUAUUAAAUGACUGGGUGUUUUAAUUGUUAUGAUGUAAUGUUAUACUAAAUGUGAAUUUGAAAAUACCUAUAAAGGUGUUUUUCAGGAAGCCAGUUUAAACAAGAGAGCUGUUGACGACUCAAAUAUAUCUAUUCAAUUUUAAGUUAUGUAUCCCACAUUAAAAUAAAUAAUUUGUUAAUAGUUUUUAGAUUUAUACCAGACAUAAGUAUAUUUUUUUGGUUUAUAAAAUAAUAAUAGAUUGGUAGUUAUCUAAUAAUAGUGCGCAAAAAAAAAAGUUGAUAUUGUAUUAAAAAUUACAAUCAUGUGGAAGAGGUAAGUGAAGCAAAGUUUGAAGCUUCGCUCCCAUGGUUCUGUAUUAUAUCAAUGUACAUCAAAAAAUGUAUAGUACGAAUUUUUAUGAAAAAUUAAUUAAAAUAAAAACAAUUUUAUUUAAAAAAAAAUAAAAAAACAACUAAUAAUAAUAGCAAUUUUUCUAAAAGGAAAUUUCACUGGGCUGGUACUUUAGAGAGAUCGGUUUUUGAUUUUCUCCGGAGUUUUUUCAAUAAAUAUGAAAAACCGAAAAAUGUAAGAAAUUUAGGUAUUAGUUAAAAUUAUUACGGCCUUCUUUUUUUCCAGUGAACAACUUUUCUAGAAGCAAUUUUUAAUUAAGCAAUUAGAGAGGUAAUUUUUCGAUUUUCCUAAGAGUUUUCCAGCAAAUGUGAAAAACCAGGAAAAAUAUGGGAAAACUAGAAAAAACAUAGAAAAACCGGGAAAAUCGGUACAAUAUUAAGCAAAUAUUAUUAAAGAAGUUAUACAAUGCUUAUUCAAUGAUUUUACUAUAAUAUGACACAUAUAUUGUUGACAAAGCAUUACUAUCAACUCGGUUCAGAAUCGUUUUUCUUUAGUAUUGAUUAAUAUUUGCUAACAAAGUGGCUGCAUCCGUCCCCAUUAUCCUAGGACGUUUUUAUUUUUAUCAUGAACCAGUUAAAUUUUCUUGGAGGGUUUUAAAUGAAAAAUAGUAACCAUCCUUUUUGAAUAGAGUAGAAAGAGAAUAUUUUUCUAGAAAUUUUUAUAUGCUUAACACUAAUAUCAGAUUUACCGUUAGUGUUGUAACCAUUUAAAGUUUAGACUGGAGGAAUAGAGAAGGGUAAUAAAUUGCAUGAUUUCAUUCUACCUUACUUGUUGUAAUAAAUUUAAAAAUGUCCGCAGAGAACAGAAAACUUAUAAUUAGCUCUUCUAGACAUGGUUUAAUGUUCAAACUAUUUGUGACAAUGUUGAGCUGUUUGUAAACAGUUUAAUUUUGCGACUUUUUUUAUAAUAUUUAUUCUGUAGGUAUACUGUAGAAACAAUUAUUACACCAACAGAAAUAUUUGAAAAUUUAACCGGAAGUUCAUUAUCAGUUAUACUUAUUAGUCAUGAAAACAUUGAUUUUAAUGUAAUAUUUUUUUUAUAAUGCCAGAUUUUAACGAAAAUCGUAAAUAUAUAUUACGGUCUUUUAAAACAUGUAUGACCAAAUUCCGCUCAUAAUAGUUUUUCAUUAGCAAUGAUUAAUCUUUCUAGGCAAACAUUUAAAAUACAUUAAAUUCCUCUCUAUAUCUUACCUUCCAAACUUGUCAAUUGCAAUAGUGGAUAAUUCGUUUAUAGAAGUUAUAGAAGAUUUUACUUGUGAAUGCAACUGGAGUAAAAUGUUAUGCAGAAGCUAAAAGUAUUGCUGAAAAAUUAGUUGAUUUUAAAUUUUUGUGUUGUUUUGUUAUUUGGUAUGAUAUGAUAUAUUGUUCGAAAUUAACCAUAAAAGUAAAUUACUUCAACUAGUGUCAUUGAUUAUUUCAGAAACUAUUACUCAAUUAAUGAAUACAAUAAUAUUUUUGAAAGAAUAUCGUACAGAUGAAGGAUUUCAAAAGACGUUAGAACAAACUAAAUCACUAACAAAUGAACUUCAAAUUGAGGGUUACAUUCCUGCCUCAACUCGAAUUUGUCGUAGAAAUACUCAAUUUGCAUAUGAAUCACAAGACGAACCUAAUCAUGACCCAAAAUAAAGUUUUAAAAUUAACAUUUUAACCAGAUUUUAGACACUGAUAUCCAAUCAAUCAAUGACAGAUUUUCAAAACUUACAGAUCACAGUGAUUUAUUUCCAUUUCUCUAUAAUAUAACUGAGAUUUCUGAUUUUGAUAAACUUAUGAAUAAUUAUAAAGAUUUAAAAAUAGUACUAACUUCAAGUGAUGGAUUAAUUCCGGAUAUAAAUGUUGUUGAAUUGUAUGGUGAAAUUAUAUCUUUGCAAAAACGUUUUAUAUUCGAAACGUGUGAUCUGAAAUCAGCUCUUGAGUACGUAUGUCAAAACAAGUUAAUAGAACUAUACUUUAAUACUUGA